ACAAAUAUUUGUGCGUGUAAGUUUUGUCAAGUUCUUUUGGGUUUAUGAUACAAAACUCUGCUGCCUCUUCUUUCAGUUCGCAACUCGAGAUACUAAAUCUCUAAUUCGUGAGAUGAACCCAGGUUUUUCAGAUCUUUUUGCUUGCUUGGCAGCUAGUUUUGUCAUGUCUGGAAGAGUCAAAUCACGGCAAGGUGGUUCCAGUGCAGUGUUAGAGCAGGCUACGCUUUCCAUAAAUGAAAGAAUUCUGAAAGAGUGCCACACACUCUACACAGACUCAGAUAAAGGCCUCGUACGCAUUGCUGAAGAAGUCGGUUUGAAUUUGCUUGCUCCUCGGAAAAAAAUCACCGUGAUACUUAUUGGCAACCAUUCUGCUGGGAAAUCAUCUUUCAUAAACUGGUACAUCGAAGAACAUGUUCAGCGCACAGGUGUGGCCAUUGAAACGCAAGGAUUUACCUUCGUUACGAGCGGACGCAAGCGGGAAUCACUAACAGGCAAUGCCACUCUGCAUUUAUAUCCCCAUUUCAAGCCGCUGCAAGAAAUUCCUGGUGUGGUGGAUUAUCUCAAUACCGAAAUUUCGACUUCGAAGCAGAAGAAAUUUAGUUUGGUGACGUUCGUUGAUACGCCCGGCCUUGUCGAUGGUGAUAUGAAAUAUCCGUUUGAUGUCAACGAAUCAAUCGAAUGGCUUGGCGAACUAGCAGAUUUGAUAUUUGUUUUCUUUGACCCGAUUGGUCAAGCGUUGUGCAAGAGAACCCUCAAUCUCGUGGAACAGUUAAACAUCCGUCAUCCAGAACGCCUUCGGUUUUAUCUCUCCAAAGCGGAUGAAGCUGGAACGGAAUCCGAUAGGCAGAGAGUCAUGAUGCAGAUCGUUCAGGAGUUAUGCAAACGACCCGGUCUUAAUAAAACAGGCUUCGACAUGCCCACCAUCUAUAUUCCUAACCCAAACAAGCUUGUCCGCUGCGUGAACCAAAUUGAGGACGUGUGUAAAGAUAUUGAAAAAACCAUCAACCAGACAAUCCAGAACACGCUCAAUACGCUCGAGAAAGAUUGCGAAAAAAUUGCUCAAAUUGUCGACAAGCAGAUUGAAGAUGAUAACAAUGCUAAAUCGUACAAUUUGAGGGCCUCUGGAAAAGGGAUUAUGUUCAUGUUGCUGGGCCUCAUCAUACCGCUAAUGCUCAUCAUCAACUUUAUGGUUUCUAACGCGUCACGCGAGUUGCUUGUCUCUUUGCUUGGAGAAAAUGGCGCUGAUAUGCUUCGUUUCUACCUGUCGCCGAUUCGUCAGUUUUGGGAUCUUGUUCCUGAAGAAUCACAUCUUACAACCCUAAUGGUGCUCAUUGGCUUGUCAGUGGUGCUACUUGGAUUGGCUCGCUGGUCAACUCGUCUGAAGCCGACACUUUCACGCAGUCAGAAACGGCGCCUAGCUGAUCACCGUGAAUUUGUACAAACGGUUGUCAAAGCCAAAAAGAAGACUCUUUAUCAAGACUACCUUCAACAAAGUGUAGCAGAGCAUGACCUUUGAAUUUCGUCAUCGAUAUUAUUGUUAACCAUAACCGUGGUUGAACAGCUCAUCACUAGACUUUGUACUCAUCAACCCUCUAUGACAGUCUGUGCCUUCCAAAAAUUUUCGUGAUCAAAGGCACACCUUGCAUAAUAUGCGUCGUGAUUUCCUUCACUCCUCUUUAGAUCUUGCAUUCCCCCGAAAAUUGUUUAUCCUAAAUUCUGCAUGCCGAUUUAUCCUGUUAGUAAAACAAAAAGGGCCCCGUAUAUUCCAUCAAAUCUUGUGAUGUUUAACCACCUAUUUUCUUCUGGGCAUUGCGAUCCCUCUAUAUCUUGCGUGAAAUACAAUUUAGUUGAUGCGGUGAGAACAAA